CACAUACCUAUAUGUCGUCAAUCCUGAUUUCAAAUUUUAUAUGUGAAUUUCGCUUUCAUCAUCAUGUCUGGGACACCCUUCAUACCCUUUCCACAAAAUUCGUCUGCGGAUCCCAAAUCGUCGGCAGCGUACCACUUGCACCAUCCCCAUCACAGAGGACCAAAGGAGCCCACCAACCUACUAUUUCUAAAAGAAGAUCAGUUUACCGAUACCAUUUUGGUGUUGGAAGGAAAGAAGCUGUACAUCAACAGGUGCAUUCUGGGAUACGCGUCGCCUUACUUUCAAAGACUUCUUGACAGUGCUCACAAAGCCGCCAUUGCAGAAAAGAAGUCCAAGGCAGAGGUCAAAAUCAGCAACAAGAGUUACACUGACUUUGUUGAUCUACUGACCUAUCUCCAUCCAGGGACCGGUAGCGAUGUCACAGAGAAGAUGGCGCUUCGACUGCUUCCACUUGCAAACGAGUACGAAAUCGCUCAUCUGAAAGAAAAAUGUGAAAAAGUUCUUAUCGGGAGUCUACGGAAAACCCCGGCAACUCCAAACGUUUCGAAAGGCUCCCCAACCUUCAAACACCGCAAAGACAACGGUCCUGAAUUGCUGCUGAAAUGCAUUAAAUCUGCCGAUGCUGGUUCUUCGAAAGCACUUUUGGAAGAGUGUGUUCGAAUCUUCUCUUACCAGGACAUUCCUCUGAAAGAUUUAAAGGCUAGCACGGAAAUUUCCGAUCAAGUUAAAGCACGCAUCUACGAGAACAGAAUGGAAAACACUUCAAGUAAAAUGUCCAAGUUAGCCAGUGAGUUGGAGAAAGAACGGAGUGAAAAAGAAAAGCUGCGGUCCCAGUUGACUGACCGACACGUCACGGCGACUAAAAGUCGAAUGAGUCGGAUCACAAGAUUUGGUUCGGAUCCUUCAGUCGAAGACCCUAGCGACCAGAUCAUGGCGCAAGUUCCGCCGGCUCGUCACCAUAACUACCAUUCGCAUCGCCUUAGCAAUGCAAAAGGUCAAGGUCAAAUUCGUGAUACUAAACCAAGGUUUAUAUAACAAAAUGAUUAGAGUGUGAAUAUACCCUGACAUUUCAAAGCAGUAAUUGCCCUUUUCAGGAGAUUAAAAAAUCCAUCAUAAUAUUCCGUCAGAGAAACGAAAACAAUUUUGCUAUGUUGCCAUUUAUUUUCAUUAUUUUAUCAUUUGUUUGAUAAAAUAUCCACUUAUCCAUUUUUGGACACACAAGUGCCUGUGAAAACACAAGUAUACAUGAAUUUAAAUAAAACUAUAGUACAAGAAGAAUGAUUUACUCGAGAAGUAGUGUCAUUUCAAGGUUGACCUCUAAGUUGAAUCCAAUGUCUAGAUAAGGAUAAAAGAGUUCCAGGUGGACGCAGGAGAAAGUGGAAAAUCCUUGUGAGUGAAAUAAAAGAUCUUAU